UUUAGAUAUGGACUACAUCAACACUACACAGAUGGAACCAAAAAACAGCACGAAUGUCAGCAGCGUGUUCACACAUCAGGUUCUGCCUGUGCUCUACACCAUCAUCUGCGCUUGUGCCUUCAUUCUCAACGGACUCGCCGCUUGGAUCUUCUUCAGGGUUCCCACCUCAUCAGCCUUAGUAGUUUACCUAAAAAACAUGGUGGUGGCAGAUGUUCUGAUGUUGUUUACCUACCCGUGGCGUGUAGUGGGGGACCUCGGUUAUGGCGGUUUGCAGUUGAAGCUGAUAGUUUGCCGCUACACAGCUGUGCUUUUCUACCUCAGCAUGUACACAGGAAUAACCUUCAUGAGCCUCAUCAGCUUGGAACGCUACUUUAAAAUCGUACGCAGUACCUCUGAAGCGUCUUCUUUUCUGCAACGUGUUUCAGUAGCGAAGGCUCUUGCGCUGCUAACUUGGGGCAUCAUGAUGUUCUUCAUGCUGCCGAAUGCCAUAUUAACAAACCAGCCCAUGCCUAAGGUUUUCUCCUGCAUGGCCCUGAAGAGUGACCUGGGUCGGCGCUGGCACGAAAUUUCAGCCCACUUCAACGUUGGAGUCUUCUGGGUGGCAUUCCUGUUGAUGGUGUUUUGCUACACCUCCAUUGCUUGUCAUGUUUACCGCUCUUACAAACGGGUGCAGCAGGACAGCAGCAUGGCGAGACGGCGAUCAAAUCGAAGCAUCUUUAGCUUGCUGGCUGUUUUUGUCUUCUGCUUUGUUCCGUACCACGUCUGUCGUGUGCCCUACACAAUUAGCCAAGGCCACAAGGAUGACUUUAGUGCCUACAACCGCUUCAUUCUCUUCCAGUUCAAAGAAGCUACACUCUUCCUGUCCGCUCUUAAUGUGUGUCUGGAUCCUGUCAUCUACUUUUUCAUGUGCAGGACAUUCAGAGAGUCGCUUUUGCAGAAGAUGUCAUCUGUAAACCACGAAAACAGGCGGCCUUCAAUAGGCACUGGGCUCAGUAUCAGCAAUCUGUAAUGAUUGAGCAACAAAGCAAAACGAGCAUUAGUCAUUUGCAAGAUGGAAAAGAUAUUUUGAUUUGAAGCCACAUACCUAGCUGUGGUUUUCUUGCAUGUGAAAACGCAGCAUAAAGAGAUGGAGCGGAAGAAGGUCACAACAAAGUGGUGUUUUCCAAAAAAAACCACCAAGUCAUGUCAGCCACAGCUUUUAAAACAGUUUACUGAAGAAAAGUCAACCCUUAAAUGGAGAGUUGACUAUAAAUAAAAAUUCUGACAUAAUUUUCUUAUCCUCAUCUCAUUUAAAACCUUUCACUCGUAAAAAUAAAUAUUGCUGCUGUUUUCGCAGCUAUGCCAUUGAAGAAUCAUUUUUGGUUCCCUGAUGAACAUUUUAAUGAACAGUUCUAAAAAAGAAGCUAUUUUAUCAUUGUGAAGAACAUUUAUUUUUAAAUUCCACUAUAAAGAACCAUUUGUGUAAUAUACAUAUUCUGAUGAUGUUAAAGGUUCAUCAUAGAACCAUAGAUGUUUGUGUACUUUCUUCUAUGGAAUAAAAUGGUGACACUGACGACUUAAAAGUGAAUGAGAACUGAGAGCGUCAAACUCCAAAAUGACAAAGAAGCAACAUUAUAAGUCCAUAUGACUACAUAACAUUCCGAAACAUAAUUCUUUAAUUCACAGAAAAUAUUUCAGCAUGGAGUUCUAAAAACCAAAUAUGGCCUCAUUAGAAGAUGACGGCAUCAUUAUAGGAGGUCUGGCAUGAUUAUAUUUGGACAUGAGAUCAGUGCUAUUAAUUGUAGUUUAUACACAUUUUACAAUUUAUUUCAAAGGCAGAGGGCAAGAUUAUGGUGAAUAUAACCUUAUAUUAAAUGGAAAAGAACUGGCAAAAAAUUCUAAACAGAACAAAAAAUCUUUAUACAAGUUUGGAACAAUUUGACAUUUUGGUUGAUCUGUUCCUUUAAAAUUACAUUUAGCAGAAUCCCACACAUUUCACACUUCUGUUGUUUACAUGGUAAGCCUCAGCAUCUUUGCAAAGAAUGUUUAUGUUCCCCCCACCACAACUGUAAUGCCUAUUGGCUCUGGAGAGACAGGAUGUGUUUAGCUAUAACACUUGGUUAGUAUUGAAAUCAUACCUAUUGGUUUAACUCUGCAUGGGGCCAUACAGCCCAUAAAUCAUUUUCAAAUACACUCAUGGUCCCCUUUCAUGUAUGUAUUUUUCUAGUUUCUCACACAUAUAUUCACCUUUCAACUACAUUCAUGUCAAGUCUUUAUCUCUCACGCUUUCUCACGCAUGUCUGGUCAGCUAUCUUUGUAGGGACUCUCCAUAAGCAUAAUGGUUUUUAUACUGUACAAACUGUAUUUUCUAUUACCCUACAUCAACCCUACACCUAAACCUACCAA